CGACAACGUUUUAAUGGUCUGGACGAAAACCAUUAUGCUUCCAAAAUGAGAGAAGAGAGAGAAGCACAAGCAAUUGGACAGGAGCAGAGAAACGAAUUCAGUCUGAACAACAACAAAAAAGUACGGUCCACAGAGAGAGAGAGAGAAAUAGACCAGAGUUCGGACAAUGGAGAUUCAAGAUCCUUUGAAUCCGGAUCCGGAUCCGAACCCGAGUUCCGACAACAACAACAAGGCUUCUUCUUCAUCUUCUCAGUCUCAAAAUAGGCCAAAUAUCACGUCGUUUCCGAACCCGACCCUCCCCUUCCGGGGCUCAGGCCACCGGAGGUCCCAAUCCGAGGUACAUUUCCGGAUCUCCGACGACAUCGAUCUGCUCUCGGAUCCAUUCGACGCCCCAUCCGCGAGUUUCGAGGAGCUCGCAUCCGAAGACGACCUCUUCUGCACGUACAUGGACAUCGAGAAAUUCGGAUCCAAACUCGAUGAUGGAUCCUCUUCCGCCCCGAAACCCGACAAUGCCGGUGGCCUUGGAGGUGGUUCUGUAUAUACGGAGAGUGGUAGUGGUGAUGUCAGAGGAGGAGGGGGAGGAGAGAAAAGCUCUAGGCCGAGACACCGGCAUAGCAAUUCAGUGGACGGCUCUUCGAUUAUGGAUACGAUUGACGCCAAGAAAGCCAUGGCUCCUGAUAAGCUUGCUGAGUUGUGGGCUAUUGAUCCUAAGCGAGCUAAGAGGAUUUUGGCAAAUCGACAGUCUGCUGCUCGCUCAAAAGAGAGGAAGGCACGUUACAUAUCAGAACUAGAGAGAAAAGUUCAAACACUACAAACAGAAGCAACAACCCUUUCUGCACAACUAACACUUUUCCAGAGAGAUACAACAGGCUUAAGUACUGAAAACACAGAGCUUAAGCUUCGGUUACAAGCUAUGGAACAACAAGCUCAGUUACGUGAUGCUCUUAAUGAAGCACUGAAGAAAGAAGUUGAGAGGCUUAAGGUUGCCACUGGAGAAAUGUUGACACAUACUGAUACUUACAAUCUGGGAAUGCACCAAAUGCCAUAUGCCCAGUCUUCCUUCUUCUCAAAUCAACCACAACCAGGGCCUGGUGAACCCCAGAACAUUCAAAUGCCACAGUUUCGGUCAUUCCAGUCUAAUACAUCCACUUCCCAGCAGCCUCUGCUUGCUGCUUCUCGCUCACAUGCUUUCUCAGAGAUGUUACAGCAGGAUCCUAUUGGCCGAUUGCAGGGGCUCGAUAUCAGUAGUAGAAGCUCUCAUAUAGUGAAGCAUGAAGUGACCUCCAUUUCUGCCAGUGAAAGCGGCUCCAGAUUUUGAUGCAUUUAUUUCUCACCUCCUCAUGGUUCUACCUCAUUUGUUGGAUUGUUCAUAGACUGACCUUAUUGACAGCCAAAGGUACAGUUUUAGGGUUAUAUAUCUGAACUGUUUUUUUCUUUUGAUUGGGUUUAAUUUUUUGGCUAGCUUGUUAGCUCCUAAGUUAUUCAUGGAAUUCUUUUCAAUUCAAUUUCAUAUUCAUUUCUCGGGGUUGCUAAUGUGGGAAGACAGGGUUAUGCUUAUUCCCAAUGGUUUAGAGAUACAACUUUUCCUUUCAAGGGGUUCCCUAUAUAAUCUGUUCAUUUGUGACUUUGAAAUGUGCAGUGGGAAAAUCUUUUUUGUUCUCUCUC